CCUUCUCCCCUCUGCGCAUCCCGAGUUUCCCCUCAUUAUUACUGGCCACCUCGCACCGCUGAAUACCCAUCCGCGAACAUUGUCACGCCGUACACGUCGCCACGAUGACCGCGCGCAGGUCCACACUCGCGUCGAUCGAGGCGCCCAAUUCAGGGCUUCCCAUGCCAUCGUCAGCCGUCAAAUCAACAAAGGACAUGUCAUCCAACAAUGCUGCAGGAGCCUCUAUGCCGCCUACGCUCAACCAUCGAUCCUCGCGCCAAUCACUCGCGCCAGCAAGGCAGAGUAUGGCACCUUCCAAGGACAACAAUAACAACGCAGCUAUGGACAUCGAUUCGCGUGCGACACCAGGGGCUAGCACGCACCGCAUGAGUCAAAGUAGGCAAAGCAUGGCACCCGGGGCAUCCAUGAACGCGAGGAACAGUGUGGCUCCCUCGUCCAACGCUGUCGCUGGCCCAUCAUCAGCAGCUACGCCCAACAAUAGCAGGCGUUCCUUCAACGGGCGCCAAUCUCUCGCGCCCGGUGCAUUCACCUUGCCCACAUCCAUGGCUCUCGGCGGGCCAUCCUCCAAGCCGGCGCCAAACAUUGAUCCUCGUCCGCUGAGAUCAAGAGAGUAUAUCAAUGAGAUGAAGGCGCGAGUACAUGAGUUUGCAGAGCUCACUGGAUUCAGCCACGCGGGAUAUCGCGGCUACUCGUCCCUUGACUCGCCUACGCAAGCUCUGUUCUUGGGACUUUUCCGACACGUCUUUACCAACGCUAUUGACCCCAACUACGUGUUCAGUCUCGACGCCAAGAAGCCAGAAGAAGAAGUCAUGACGAUCCUCCAGGAAUACAAGUACCCGGCAAUAGGCGACGUGACCAAGAUGCUCCUCGGGUCUGCCAGCUCCCAGCAGUACUGGCCCAAAACCCUUGGCAUCCUCGACUGGAUGGUCUCCCUCUCCCACUCGGCUCAUCACGUACCCCCUGGCCCGCUUUCCCGCGAAGAAAAGCAGCGCGAACACCUAGCUGCCUUGACGCGCGCACAUGCUGCAGCAGUCACUGCAGUCCAUACCGCGUCGAGGGCAACGACUUCGCAAGCAGAGAUGGAAGCAUUGCAACAGCGCGUGGAGGACGCAUCUGCCGACCUCCGGGAAGCAGAGCAUGGCGACGAAGCCUCCGACGCAGAUCGUGCCUUCUUCCCCUUCAUGUGGAAAUGCUACGAGCGCUUCUGGCAAGGCGAGGAUCAAUUCCCCGACGAGAUUUCCAAGCUCGAGGACUUCUUCGAAUCCAAGAACGCGUCCGUGAAGAAGGAGGUGGAGCGCCUCGAGGCCGAGAAGCGUAGCUUGGAGGCUGAGUUGAAUGAGAUGGAGAGUGUGGACUCGCCCCUCGCCAAGGCACAAAGUGACUCGGAAACACUGCGGGGGGACUUGAAGAAGUUUACGAAGUACAGGGACGAUAUACUGGUGCCAAAGGUCAACAAGACGAAGGUGACCAUUUCGAGGCUGGAAGAGUCGAGAGAGGAGGCGCAGCUCGAGUUGGAGAAGUUGCGUUCCCAGCAUGCGACUCUCAGUGCGCAGGUCUCAUCGCAGGAGAUGACCUCGGAAGAGUUCGACCGCCUCUCUUCCGAGCGGGCCACCCUGACUGCCGAGAAGGAUCGGCUUGAGGCCGAGAUCAAAGAGGCGGAGAACGGCCGCUACGAGGUUGAGUUGGCCAACUCCAAUCUGCAGCAACGCCUCGAGGAGCGACUUAAGACCUUCAACCCCCUUGGAGCCCGAGUAGGCCUCUUCCCCAUCAAAGUGCGCCGCUCCGACGGAGCCCCAGGAGACGAGUACUUGGACGAGAUCGAUCUGCUCCUGGGCCAAUCCGGCCUCCUUCAUCCCGGCCUCGAUCUGAAGGUCGACCUGCGCAAUCGCAUCGCCGAGCUUCGCCGCAAAGUGGACGUGGAGCAGCGCAGAGCGAUUGAGGAGAAGGUGGAGCGACAGGAGCGUUACGAUGAAGUUUGCGAACGUCUACACGCCCUCAAGGAACAGGAAGACGAAGUCAAGGGUCGACUGGACGUGGCCAAGGAGGCCAUCGACGAGAUUCAGCGUCUGACGGAUGACGAGACUCGCGGCUUCAAUGAGGAUCAGCUUGCGAAGGAGCGCAAGUUACACGCCGUCCAACAGGCAGGUCACAAGCAGCUGCAAGCGGCCGAGGCUCGCCUCGUCGAAUUGCGCGCGCAUCAGAAGCAUUUGGUGCAGCUGGUACAGGAGAGCCUCGAAGGGUACAAGGACGAGCUGUGCGCUGCGGUUGAGGAGUGUGUGGGACUGAAAAAUCGUGUUGGGGAGAGCGUGGAGGAGGUUGCUGGCAGAUUGGGGGUCGAGGUAGUGCGCGAGGGGGAGGCCGAGGCACACGAGGGAGGCGGAGAGGAAGAGCAAGAGUAGGCUCCAGAGGGGCCCAUCGUACAACAUUCAGUCCGUUUUCGUAUUCUCGCUUUGCACUGCCUUGCUAUUCGAUACCAAUACCGUCCACGCCACCUCGCUCCCUGCUUAUUGCGCGUUCAUCACAACGCUCAAGGCGACUUGAU